AUGUUUGACUUAGAGCAAAGCCUAUAUGAGUAUGCUCUAGUUUCAGCAGAAUUUGAAAAUGAUCUAUGGAAAGAAUUUAGUGUGGAAGACAUACCAAUUUUGCAAGAAAUAAGCAAUGAGAAAACUGCUAUUAAUAAAAGCUCAUACACAGAAAAUACAUAUAAUUCAUGGGGAAUUCGUUAUGUGUGUUGUCAGUGCUAUGAAAAGAAUGGAGGAUAUUUGCAUGUACACAUGGGUACAGGUAAAGCAGACCCGGGAUGCACUGCAACAUAUUUAGGUGAUACCAAAACUACGCUUCUCUAUUUUGCAAAGCUAAUUGAAAUGGUGGCAUACUCAGAAAAUGAUAUAACAAAAAAAAACUUACUUCAAGUCCUCAUUCCAUGCAUGGAAAAUUUUAAUUUGGAUUCAUUUUCUGCAUCAUCUAGCAAAUUACCUAGCUUGUUUAACCCCAAAAAAUAUGAAGAACUUGGAAAAUCACUUGCCCUUGAGGUUUUAAAAUCACGUACCAGCUUAGCACCUUAUAAGUCAAUAUUAGAAAGUCCUGAUUCUUUGCAGCAGUAUUAUGAAGCAAUACCAAAAUGCUUAACAAGCCUUUUUGAUAGUUUAUUUCAUACUUUACUAUUUCAAAAAUAUGAAAUUGUUAAACAAAAACAAAAAGAAUGCAAAAGUAUUAUAACUGAAUUUGAUAAAAGUGACAAUAUUGAUUUUAAAGAAAAAAUAUUCAGAGCCAGAAAUCUGUAUGACGACACAUGGGAUACAGCUCAUGCAACCCUACACAUGACUCAAAUAUUUAGAUGGUUAAUAGUAGAAUACCCAAUGGAGUUUACUAUGGAUGAAAUAAAUGUUGCACUCAAAGAGGUAGUGGGAAGAGGAUGCAAGACACCUCCACCAAAC